CAUAGCUCAACCCAUUGUGCAACUGGAAACUCAACAUGGCUCACAUUCAACUGCUGCUCUUGUUUCUGGCUUGUGGGAUUUGCAUGGGAGUGCCUAGUACAGGCAAAAGACCGCACCUAGAUGGACGCAUUGUAGGCGGCAAGGAGGUUAAUAUCAAGGAUUUUCCCUUUCAGGUGUCUUUGCAGCGUUCGUAUCACUCAUGUGGUGGUUCCUUGAUAGGCGCGCGCUACGUGCUGACCGCCGCCCACUGCACAGAUACUUCGUCCAUAUUAUCCUACAAGGUGCGCAUUGGCUCUACGUACCGUGACAGCGGCGGCUUGUUGAUCGGUAUCAAAGCCGUGCAUAGUCAUCCCAAAUACGAUUCCAGCAUUAUUGACUACGACUUUGCUGUGCUGCAUCUGGAGGAUUAUGAUGCGAAAAAUGUCACACAGGCAUUUGUAAACCUACCGGAGCAGAAUGAGACACUUGCUGUGGGCACAGAGGUCACCAUCUCGGGCUGGGGCAACACACAGAAUGUUCUAGAGUCAUCGGAGAAGUUACGUGCCGUGACAGUGCCUACAGUGAAUCAGACAGAAUGCUCGGCAGCGUAUCAGAACUUCGGUCAGAUUACAGAGCGCAUGCUGUGCGCUGGGCUAGUCGAGGGCGGCAAGGACGCUUGUCAAGGUGAUUCCGGAGGUCCUUUGGUGGCGAACAAUAAACAAUGGGGCGUCGUCUCCUGGGGCUAUGGCUGUGCAAGACCCGACUUUCCGGGCGUCUACUCGAGAGUUGCUGCUGUCAGGGAUUGGAUUAAAGAAGUUAGUGGUAUAUAGAUCUUAAUACUUAAUUGGGGAAAACUAACAUUCAAUUUGUUAUUUCAAUGUGUGUAUGUAUCUAGUAGGCAACGUGUAAAUAACUCUUGGCGUAAACAUAUUUCAUUUCAUUUUGAAAUCUUGCAAAAUUGAUGUAACUAACUAAAUAAAGAAAACUCAUUGUGGUGUGUACUUUUCAUAAAAGCAAGUAAAAUGAUUGGGCCCACAUCCGCAGAGCUACUAA